UGUCAUAUUUGGCUUUUAUGUGACUUUAAUAGCUAUAAUGUUUCUCUGAAAUACGCUGCUGCUGACAGAAGUCAAUAAAGGAGUUGUAAGUCACUAAAGGAGGUUAAGGUGUUCCUCAUCUGCUGGACUGAACUGAUACAGGACAAUGUUCUCGUCAACGGGAAAGCGCUGUUUUACCAUUGAGUCUUUAGUGGCGAAGGAAAGCCCUUUAACACCAGAAGACCCAAUUCGCCCUACCGCCCUAAGCUACACAGCGCCUGCUGAAAGUUUUCUGAACGGUUAUCAAAACCCCGCGGGCCGCGCGCUCUACCCGAACCCUGAACUGGUGUUUUCGGAGACUGUGAACCAUGCACAUCUGGGCAUGCACCCACACCAGCUCGGAAGCACACACUUCCAGCACCCGCACUUCUUUGGCACGCAACAUCGUGAACCACUGAAUUUCUACCCAUGGGUCUUAAGGAACAGAUUUUUUGGACAUCGGUUUCAAGGGAACGACGUCUCACAGGACACAUUGUUACUGCACGGACCGUUCGCGAGGAAGCCUAAACGGAUCCGCACCGCGUUCUCGCCCUCUCAGCUGCUGCGCCUGGAGCGAGCCUUCGAGAAGAACCAUUAUGUUGUCGGAGCCGAGCGGAAACAGCUCGCUAACAGCCUCAGUCUAUCUGAGACACAGGUGAAAGUGUGGUUCCAGAACCGCAGGACCAAGUACAAGCGACAGAAGCUGGAGGAAGAGGGUCCAGAAUGCCCACAGAAGAAGAAGGGAAACCACCACAUUAACCGCUGGAGGAUUGCCACCAAACAGUCCGGCUCCGAGGACAUAGAUGUCAUGUCUGAUGCGUAAAACAAACAAACAACCUAAACAAUGCCCAAAUGAACACUCAAGACCAAGAAAAGCACUAUUUAUUUCAUGUUAAUAGCCAUGAUAUUUCAGAUUAUAAACCUAAUUGCAGAGGACCUGACCACAUGGAUGUGGUAUAUGUGUUAAGGAUGAGUUAAACUGGUCAGCAAGUAAUCUACCGGAAGGACUGAACACUUUAGCUGUUUAAAAUACCUCAGCUGGAAUGACCCAAUGCUUGAGAGAUAUAUCUCCUGUAAAAGGGAAAUUAAUUUAUCAAUCUAUUAAUCUCUCUUUCUCUCUCUUUGAUAAAACAUUGUACUUGAAACUUUUAAUUAUUAUUAUGUUUUGUUGUGUCUUUGCACAGCCAAACUUUGUGUUUAAUGGAUAUAAUUUAAAAAGAUGUAGCCUUCCAAACGCUUUAAGACAUGCAGACGA